ACUCGCGUUCUGCGUAAAUACCGCGCACAGUUAAUCAGCUUGAUCUGUCUAUUUGGCCUUGAGGACGAUUGAAGAUCUUUGAAUUAUGAGCAAAAACAAUCAUAAUAAUACAAGACAAUAGUAAUUAACCAUGAGCGCAACCAACUCCUUCCACAAAGCUGAGAUCAUCACUGCGGUGUCUGUGACAGUCGGGGCCGCGGCCGUGGGAAUCCUCAUCUACAAAACAUUUUUCAGCAAAAGCAAAUGCGUGAAGCCAAAGGUCAACCUUGAUCUGCAGAAAGACAACCCCAAAGUGGUACAUGCGUUUGACAUCGAGGACCUGGGCGACAAAGCCGUGUACUGUAGGUGCUGGAGAUCCAAAAAGUUUCCAUACUGUGAUGGCGCACAUGCUAAACACAAUCAGGAAACGGGAGACAAUGUUGGUCCCCUGAUCAUUAAACGCAAGGAGGCAUGAGCAUCGUCACCGUUCAUGACCGUCCGUUCUCAGCAAUUAGUGUGUCUCCGCUUUACGUGUGUGAUCAGGGCUGAUGGGAUUAAAAGUGUGAUUUAUGUUAUGCUGUGUGUGUGUGUGUGUGUGUGUGUGUGUGCUUGAUCAUGUACUGUACGAUUGACCGGUUUCAGUGAUCUGCCCUCACACCGGUACUAUAUAUCUGGGUGGUUGUUAAGCAAUACAUAUCAAUUUUCUCUUUUUUUUUUUUUUCUACUUAGGCUUUUGUGGAUCUUCUAAAUACAUUUCUAUGCUUAAACACUGGUCGUAUUGUUGCAGAUACACUAAAAAAACAUAGAAAUAGAAAAAACACAUGAGUUUAAACUGAAUCGUGUCUGUUUUAGUUGAUAAAUAUGAUUGUGAAAGGAGUAUGAAAACCAAAUCUUCUCAUGUUUUUUUUUUCCCCUAUGUGUUGCCUAUUAAACUUCACACAUGACCUUAACUGAUCACUGACAUUAAAUGUAUUUUAAUUGGCAUUCUUCUGUAAUAUCUUUUGAAUCCUAGUCACAGAAUCUGACAGGUACUGUUUUAUGUCGAAUAAAUUGCCUCUUGUCGUUCAGAAAGAUGUACUUGUGAAAAUGCUAGAUCUGUUUCUUAAAAAAAAAAAAAAAUACACGUUAUAUGGAGAAAAUCAUGUUUUGAUGAGCUUGUCUUUUCUGUGAAAUUAUUAUAUUUUCUCUAUCAGAGAUGUACACUAUACAAGUGUGAUGUUAAAUAAACUAUUUCAAACA